UUUCAAGGAGUAAACACUGGCGAUGGAUGUUCCUCCUGUAUUUAUAAAAUUGUGAACUUUUUUAUGGUUAUUCAAUAAACUUUCGAUAGUUCAGUGAAUUGAUCGAAUAACAAAUAAUUACCGACAAAUGGAUCGUCCUUCAUGUGAUAUUGCGAACAAAAAAUUCCCGCCAGAUCAUUUGAGGAUAUUCAUCUAUAAGGGUGAUGUCGAAAAGGACCUCAUAACCACUAAAGAAAAAAUCAAACAUCUCCUCUUCGCCUUCAGUUCCAUUGAAAGUAUCUCUGACGAUUUUCUACAAUCACUUCCAGAUGUCGAGAAUCUUGUCCUCAAUGGAAAUCAUAAAUUUCCAAAACUAACAAAAUGUUUCUUCCAGAAUUUUCCUAAAUUAACCUUAAUUUACGUCCACAACAACGAAGACCUACAAAUUGAAGAGGAUGCUCUAACAGACUUAGACAAACUGAAGAUACUUUCUAUACAGGGUUUAAAAUACGAACAACUAAAUGAAUAUGUGUUCAAAGGUCUCAAUAACUUAAAGAGAUUAUCCAUGGUAAAAUGUGAUAUCUCGAAGUUAGAACAAAAUACUUUCAAGGAUAACCAGAAUCUGGAAGAGAUCAAUCUAUCUUCUAAUAACUUGACAGGCUUUCAACUUGGAACUUUCGAUGGCUUGGAUAAACUCAAGGAGUUGUCUUUACAAAACAAUAAGCUAGGCAAUAUAGACUGGUCACAAUUUAGUACACUGCCAUCUCUCGAGUACCUGGAUUUAUGUGAUAACGAGAUGACAAAAUUUGACGUUGCCAAAAUGAAAGAAAUGUUUCCUAAAAUUCAAAAAAUCAACAUUAUGAGUAAUUGUUUCACAGAAGAAGAGUUAACUGGUAUUGAAAAUGAGCUCAUAAGUUUGGGAAUAAAAAUCGAAUAAGGUGUUGUGUGUUGAUGUUAAUGGAUUUUCCAAUAAAUCAUUUUUGUGGA